GGUUUUACUAGGGCUUUAGUUUUAUCAACCGAAAAUUGACUAACAAAAAAGAAAAUUGAUGAACACGAAAGAAAGAGAAUAAGGGGUUGUUGUUUUUACAGACAAGGUCCAAACCACCACGAAAAUGGCCAACAUCUUGAAAUCCAAUUCAGGAAGAAUCGCACUUCGUUCAAUCACCCGGUCGUUGGCGGCGGCGCCAACUACAACUACCAACCACACUUCUUCACUUCCCUCUCGAUUAUCUUCCGUUCGAUUUCUUCGCAGUGGUCGAGAUCCUAUCUCAAGGAAUUAUGAAACUAUUCCCCCGGUUAAUUGGGGGGUUCGAAUUGUACCGGAGAAGAAAGCGUUUGUCAUUGAGCGAUUCGGAAAAUACGUGAAGACUCUUCCAUCUGGAAUUCAUUUCUUGAUCCCGUUUGUGGAUAGAAUUGCGUACGUGCAUUCGCUAAAGGAAGAAGCAAUUAGUAUUCCUGAUCAGUCUGCUAUCACUAAGGAUAAUGUCACCAUUCUCAUUGAUGGUGUGCUUUAUGUUAAGAUUGUGGAUCCUAAACUUGCUUCUUAUGGGGUUGAGAAUCCCAUUUAUGCUGUUAUUCAGCUGGCUCAAACCACAAUGCGUAGUGAACUUGGUAAGAUUACUCUCGACAAGACCUUUGCGGAAAGGGAUACGCUCAAUGAAAAUAUUGUGGAGUCCAUUAACGUGGCUGCAAAAAGUUGGGGUCUAGAAUGCCUUCGAUAUGAAAUAAGGGAUAUCUCUCCUCCACGUGGAGUGAAAGCAGCUAUGGAGAUGCAAGCAGAAGCAGAACGGAAAAAGAGAGCUCAAAUUCUUGAGUCUGAAGGAGAAAGGCAGGCUCAUAUAAACAUUGCUGAAGGAAAGAAGAGUUCAGUGAUCUUGGCAUCAGAAGCAUCUAUGAUGGAUCAAGCAAACAGAGCAAGAGGUGAGGCUGAAGCCAUCAUUGCCAAGGCAAGAGCAACAGCUGAAGGACUUUCUGUCGUGUCACAAACUCUAAAAGAAAAUGGAGGACCAGAGGCAGCAAGCUUAAGGAUAGCAGAGCAAUAUAUUCACGCUUUCAGUAACAUAGCCAAGGAGGGCACCACAAUGUUGCUUCCUAGCUCUGCAUCCAAUCCUGCUAACAUGAUGGCUCAAGCCCUUACUAUGUACAAAAGCUUAAUUGGUAAUGUUCCCAGUAAUACACGCAGUGGGACCACACCUCCUUCAAUAGCAGGACAAAAAGAAGGAAAUUAUUCAUCUGAUGAGGUUAAAGAUGAGAGCUCAACAACCCUUACUACAACCAGAGGAAUCCCAGAUCAUCCUGGAACAUCUGGAUUUUCACUUCAGAGUCCCCCAAAUAGAGAGUAGUAUUUGAUUUUACUGAACUUGCCAUUCUAAUGAGUUAAUUUGUUCUUUGAUGCAUGGAUGUUAUUGUGAAAAUUGAGUUCAGAGUUCGGAGAAAGGGAAGUAGAAGAGUUUUUAUUAAACUUCAUUUUUUAUCUCUAGUUGUUGUUGCAUUUAUCACAGGAUACACAUAGUUUAUGACUAGACAAUAGAUAUUGAAUAUCUCUUUCUUCCUAACUGGCAAAUUUGGGGAGAAAGAAAGAAAUGAAAAGAAGUAUCAUGUCUUA